UGUUUACUUUUUCCCUUUCUCCACCACAGAUCCAGCAUGGAUGGUGCCGCUGGCCGUCGAGCAUCCUGUUAGCAGGGUCCCAGUGCUGGCAGGGCAUGGCACACCAUGGCAGCCAUAAGCGGGCCAACCACGUCAGCAGCAGCAGUCGCCGACGGGAAUGUGCCCUGCUGCAGCGGCUCAUCACGCUGCCCAGAGCCGACCCCCGUGGUGACACCGGUCGUGCCGGCCCCAAUUAGAGCUGGUGGGGGCCAUGGGGACCAGAGGCUUGUCACGGCAGCUAGGGACGGCGACUUCAAAAAGAUCCGCCGGCUGCUGCAGAAGCACAGGGUCAACGUCAAUGCCCGUGACCCAUCUACAGGGAACACGGCUCUCAUGGUGGCAUCUUUGGUCCAAGACCCCGAUGCCAUGAGUGAGCUGCUGCAGCACGGGGCCGACCCGACGCUGCACAGCUACACGGGCCAGAACUGCCUCGACUCACUGCCGGCCUCCCUGGUGCACCUGGUGCUAGGCUUUCCCGACUACCUGCUCAAGGAGAGCCCCCACCGAAGCAACGAGGAGCGACGGCUCCUGCUCGCAGCGUGGAGUGGCCAGCGGGACGAUGUCCAACAACUGCUGACCCAGACAGGAAACGGGGGUCUGGACAUCAACUGCACUAACGCGGAAGGUUCCACACCGCUGGUGCUCGUCUGCCGGGACCUGGCCACCUUCCAGGAACUCGCCGCUGGAAAUGUGCUACGCUCAUACGACCCUCUGGGCGUGAUACGAGUUCUGCUUGACCAUGGAAUACUCAUUCACCGCGAUGUCAACCACCAGGACCGGCAGGGAAGGACAGCCCUGCACUAUGCCUCCCACACGUGCUGCGAGCACACAGCACCGGUCAUUUCCCUCCUUCUUCAGAAUGAGGCCAAAGUUGAUAUCAAGGACAAGCACGGCUUCUCGCCCCUUCAUUUUGCAAGCCAAGCUGGUUCGGUGGACGCCAUACAGCUUCUGCUAGAUGCCGGGGCUGAUCCUAGCGCUACAGGCCUUGGAGGCAUUGCACCUCUCCAUCUUGCUGCGUCAGCUGGCAAGAUAGCUGCAGUGCGGCUGCUCCUGGAGCGCGGCGCCGACGUGCUGAGCUUUGCCCAGGACGGCAAGUCGCCCCUCUGCUGUGCGGGAAGCACCGAUGUGUACAGUGUGCUGAGGAGAGCUGUGGAGAGCGCCCUCUGCGAGAGGGCAGACAAGCUUCGGCUCACACCUCUGGAGCACGAAAAAAGAAAGCUGGGUCAACUCAUAUUGCACUCAAGAAAUGUUUCUGCUCCUGGAGAACAGAGCUCCCCUGGCAGCUCCACUGCCAAGGAGGAGGGCUCUAGUAGCAGCGACAAAGAGCCAAGCGAGCCAGAGGCCGAAGCAGUGCUGAAAACGAAAACGAGCUCACACUCCGUUCUCCGCGGAGGGGACCCGUCAAUGUCGGCAUUUCGUCGCUACCAGCCGCAAAACCUGCCUUCCCACCACAUUCCGGGCUGGCGGCAGAAGUCGUCCCACGGAGGCUCCCACUUCAUUCCCGUGCGACCGCGUGACCACUCGUCCGAUGACGAGCUGCGGCACGGAUGGUGCGCCGAAGGCACGCUCGACAACAACAGCUACCACCGUCAAAAGACCAUGCCUUCCAACACACCCUUGGAGCUGCCCUUAGAUCCACACUCCACGGCUUCCGUCAUUGUCGAGGCCAAGAACGGCAUUAACUCUGCAUCUGAGAGUGAGAAGAAAGUCGAGGAAAACAUCCUGGAGGCACGCACGGAGAGCCCCCUUGCAGAGUCUGCUCGUACGGCAGCCUGGGUCUUCGGUGGCAGCAGUGAAAAUGUGGUGCCAAAGGAGAUGUAUGCAAAGGUGCGGCCCAAGCAUCGAGUAAGUGGAGGAGGCGGUGGCGGUGGUGGCGGUGACAGUUGCGACUCCGAAUCCGGUGACGAUGAACACAAGCAGUCUGCGUCGCGGAAGCGACCUUCUGCAGCAGCGCAGAGGCGGAAAAAGACUCAGCACUACGCCAAGAACUACCACCUCAGCCGGCUCAAACUGCGGCCCGAAUUGACAGGCCGCAGCAUCCCAGACGUGGCGGCCACAGUGCCUCCCAAAACCAUUUCCGCGGGGCGGCAGCAGUCGGAUGUGUCGCUGGGGGCUGCGGAGGAUGCCAGCCAGCCAAAGGCACCCGGGACGUCGUCCGCCGUGCCAAUGGCGGCGGCACCUGCGCAGCCCAAGUUUUCGCUGAUCACGAAGAGUAAGGAAGGCGGCCACUUGCGACCCAAUGGAUCGCGCAUGCCAGUGCCAAGCACCAGGGGACUAAUGAGCAAGUUCCUGCCGCCGUGGGUGACGCGAGACGACGUGUCGUCGCACCUCUCGUCCGCGUCCUGGGUGUACCUGCCCUCCCUCUCCCCAGAGGAGGGUGGGGACGAGCCGCCACGGUUGUCGCUGCCGCGAAAGGAGGAAGCACCCGAUGUGACCAAGCCCAACGAACCUGUGGCGGCGGCACCAUCGACGUCAUCUACAGCGGCGGCGAAAUCAAUCCGUCCCGAGGGAACACACACGUUGACCUGUGGCAAGCGGGGGAGCAGCGGUGGGACAGAGGGUUCUGCAUUCCACACGGUCAGCGCCAAGGGGAAAGGUUCGGCGGCUUGUCAGCACGCGCCACCGGAGCAGCCGCGUGCGCCCGUGCCGCCGCUGCCCAAAAACCUCCACGACAUCCCUGCAUUUCCUUCGGGACCCCCGUUUCCCUGGAUCAAGGGAAAGCUCAUUGGCAAAGGAGCGUUCGGCCUGGUAUGGUGCGGCCUGCGCAAGUCCGGUGGGGAGCUGGUGGCCGUCAAGCAGUUUCAGCUGGGUGGGGCCGACGUGCUGUCGGCCGUGCAGUUAGAGGUCGACAUUCUGCAAUCGCUCAAACACCCCAACAUCGUCGGCUUCCUUGGCGUGCAGCAGGAAGAGGCACUCGUCAACUUGUUUCUCGAAUUUGUCUCUGGUGGUAGCCUCGCCGCCAACCUGGCCCAGUUUGGAGCCUUCCCCGAGACGGUGGUACGUCGAUACGGACGACAGCUCCUCCAGGCUUUAGCCUAUCUGCACCAGCGGAAUGUCAUCCAUCGAGACAUUAAGGGUAAUAACGUCAUGGUUUGUCCCGGAACGGGCACCAUUAAGCUCAUCGACUUUGGGUGCGCCACCUUUGAGCCUUCGUCCGCAGACUGUGAGGGACUGGUGGCCAGUGCCAGGGGCACGCCCUACUGGAUGGCACCGGAGGUGAUCUGCCAGGAAGAGUGCUCGCACAAGUCAGACGUCUGGAGCGUCGGUUGUACUGUGAUCGAGAUGUUCCAGACAAAGCCUCCUUGGUACGAGCUUUCUCCCUUAGCUGCAGCCUUUGCCAUCGGACAGGGUACGAGCGACCCCAAAUUUCCAGACCAGAUCAGUUCUGAUGCUCGAGACUUCAUUCUCACCUGCCUCAAGAGGUGCCCCGGUGAACGACCUACUGCGGAGGAGCUGCUGACACACCGCUUCCUUCAGACUGGAGCUAUCGAGGACCUCUAACGCAAGGGUGACACACAUCCCAAGGCUGUGCUUCCCGUCUUACGGAGUCUUCAUAACGUUUCUGCAACUUUAGCCACAGGGCAGGAUGCGUCCGUGUUCUUUUUCUUUCGAAAACGUCAUCCAUGCUCACUGUCCACAAACAUCAGGACAUCGCCAAAUAACGCGUCGAGUUCCAUUUGGCUGGUCACCCGCCUAAAAAAAAAACUGAGAGAAAGGGCGGCUGUUAGACCUUAACGUAACUUGUACCUGUUGCCAACGGCACGCUAUCAACGUAGAGCUCACAUGCGGUUUGAGUGCCGUGUUUUCUCCCCAUAUUCUCGAUGCACCGGUGAACCGGAUAACACUUUUUUGCUCAGGUAAACAGCAGCCUCUGCUUUCUUAGUGGCCAAAACAAACCUGGUAUGCCCUUAUUGCAUCAAGUCAAGGUGAUGCUCCGAAAAGAAGUUGCAAUUUACCUUUGUUGUUUUAGUGUUUUACAAAUUUAGUGAUGUUCCUUUUUUUUAUGUACACAGAGACAAGGAUAUAUAUAUUUAUUUCUAUUUAAGAGAUCUUUUCUUUCGAAGUCAGAACGAAUGUACAUAUGUGUGAAAGGUUGGCUGCUCCUUUCUUCAUGUUGUCUAUUUAACUGCUGUGGACGCGUAGGCCAUAAACAAAGGAAGUACGAGGUUUUAUCGAAGUAACCAAGGCUUGUCACUAACCGUCGGCAGCAAUUACCAGAAGGAAAUAUUUGGGUUUACAGAAGGAAAUGUCGCGUUACUAGAUUGGCAGGACGGUUUCGGUUUCUCAGUUCGUGUAAGCUAAAUUGGUUGCUCACAGCAUAUAUGGACACAAAAUGCAUUAACAGAAGGACAGCGGGUAGCCAGUUAGGCAGCCACUUUUGUUGCCUAUGUGAAAGCUUUAGCGGUGUCAAUUUGUGAACGUGCUGACGCCUAUUCAUCAGUUGUCAUGUGCAAUCUUGUCUUUGAACAAUCCUGCUCUCCGGUGAAAAGUUGUUACUCAUGUGUCAACACGUUUGAUUCAACACAGUAUGCGCAAUGAUUAGCUGCCAUAAAAACCUGUUUGCAACACAG